AUGGAUGGAACUCGAAAAACUUUAAAAGUCGAUGAUAGUAAAACUGUAGCUGAACUCAUGUUAAUGAUAUGCACUAAAAUGGGUAUUUAUAAUUAUGAAGAAUAUCUUUUGGCUCGUGAUCGUGAUGAAACUGAUCGAGAGCGUACAAUGACAUUGAAACGAUCAACUGGUCAUCAUCAUCAUCAUACUGGUACAUUGAUGAGAGAUCAAGAGAAAAUGGAGAAAUUAAAACGCAAAUUACACACUGAUGAUGACAUGGAAUGGCUUAAUCCAUCACAGAGUUUGAGACAACAAGGUGUAGAUGAAAAAGAAAUUCUCUUAUUAAAACGUCGAUAUUUCUUCUCUGAUAUGAAUGUGGAUGCUCGUGAUCCGGUACAAUUAAACUUACUAUACGUUCAACUGAAAGAUGCAAUUUUGAAAGGAACUCAUCCUGUUUCUUUGGAAGAAGCUGUUCAUCUAGCUGGUAUUCAAUGCCAAGUUCAAUUUGGAAAUUAUGUUGCAGAAAAAUUUAAACCUAAUUUUCUAGAUUUAAAAGAUUUCUUACCUAAAGAAUAUACCAAAAUACGUAGUUUAGAAAAGAAAAUUUUUCAACAACAUGCUGAAUUAUGUGGUUUAAGUGAAGUUGAAGCAAAAGUGAAAUAUUGUCAUUUUUGUCGAUCAUUGAAAACUUAUGGUAUUACAUUCUUUCUAGUGAAAGAAAGAAUCAAGGGUAAAAAUAAACUGAUACCACGUUUAUUGGGUAUAACAAAGGAUAGUGUAGUUCGAUUGGAUGAGAAAACCAAGGAAGUUUUGAAAAUUUGGCCAUUGACAUCCAUUUGUAAAUGGGCUGCUUCAUCACAUGCAUUCACUAUGGAUUUCGGUGAAUACUCACCCGAUGAAUAUUAUACAGCUCAAACAUCAGAAGGUGAACAAAUAUCUCAACUGAUCGCUGGUUACAUUGAUAUUAUAUUGAAAAAACAAAAAGCUACUGAUCAUCCCGGUUUACAAGGUGAUGAAGAGUCUGCAAUGUAUGAAGAGAAUGUUCAAGCUGAACGGGCUACAAUUGUUCAGCAUCAACGUGUCCCUGUUCGAGGUCGAGCAAAGGAACAACUUGUCAAUGGUGUAGUGGAGAAACCAUUCGAUCAACAGCAAUACAGAAAGAAUUUAUCUAGUAAUCAAUUACACACCAAUGGUGUAUGGUCUGUUCAUCAACAAAAUCUUAUAAGUGAUGAAAAUUCUACAUUAGUCGAUGGUCAAAGUGUAUUAACAGCAACAACUACACGUCAAAUGUCACCUGAUAAUUUUAUGACUGGUGGAACUCAUAUUUUCCACUAUCAAGAAAUGUCUCCAGCACAAAAAUCUCUUUUAGUUACAAUUAAUGAAGAUUUGGAAACAUUACAAACAGCUAAAGAGAAUUUAGAUAUUGGUCCACCUACUGAACGUCAUUUACUCAAUGUUGGAACAGAUGAAGCAUCUAAACGUUGGUUAAGUGAAUCAAUGGGUGCUAGUCAAGCAAAAGUGACUGAUGAAGUUGGUGCAAUGAAUGCAGCUGUAGCACAAGCUUUACGUUCAGCUAAUCGUGCUGAAUCAACAGAUCAGCAUAUGGCACAACAUGAUCAACCAUUAGAUCGACUACAUGAUCCUGGUGAUGAUUUAAUGAUGAUGCAACAAUCAUUUCGUGUAGUCACUAUACAUUUUCCUGCAUUUGUUGAUGAUUUAAAACGUGUCGCUGUAUUACGACGUGAAUCUGGUGCAUUAAAAGCUGAUCAAACUGGUCAACCAAUGAUUGCUGAAAAAACAGAAGAAUCCACUCAGAAUUUAUUAUCAGCCGCUCGUCAUGUUGCCGAUGCAUUCACUGAUCUUUUACAAUCAGCUCGACCAUUAGCUAUGGGACAGACACAUGAAGAAAUCUAUCCAACAUCGGAUGAUGGAACAUAUCAAGCGAAUCGUAUCACAACACAACAACAAGCUGGUGGUCCAGUAUCGAGUAGUUCACGUAAAGCAAUAAUUGAAGCAGCUAGUCGAGUUGGUGCAGCUAGUAAUGAUCUAUUGCGUCAUGUCAUGCAUGGUGGAGAUGAUGUUGAUGAUGAUUUAUUCAAUACAAAUUAUUUAAUUUUAACUGAUGAAGAAAGAAUUUAUCAGGAUCAAUUAUUAGGAUUUGCUAAAGCUGUAGCUAAUGCAACUGCUGGCUUAGUUGUAAAAGCUAAAGUAUUGGCUUCACAAAUUACAUCAGAUCCUGAAGCACAACAACGUGUUAUUUCCUCUGUGACACAAACUGGUUUAUGCACUAGUCAGUUGGUUGCUUGUACGAAAGUUUUAGCCCCAACGAUACAUCAACCCACUUGUCAACAGCAAUUAAGUGAAGCUGGUCGUGAAGUUACAUGGGCUGUAGACGGUGUAGUGCAAGCAUCACGUGCCGCUGCUCAUGUACCAUCAGAAGAUCCACAAAUGGUACAACAGUCAAUUAUUGAAACAGAGACUGCAGCCACAGAAGUUAGAGAUGCAUUAGAUCAACUAAAUGCACAUUUACUCAAAGGAUCAUACAAGGGUUAUCAGGGUGAUGCUUUAAAUAGCUUCCAAACUGCUUAUGAAGAUUUGAAACAAUAUUAUACUACAGAUGGUCAACGUAUGGUUGCAUCCGCACGUCGUCUUGCACAAGCUACAGCUCUUAUGAUUGCUGAUAUUAAAGCACAAGCUGAAGAGUCAGGAGAUGAUUCUGAUAGACAGAAUCGUUUAUUCCAUGCUGCUAAACAGCUGGCAGAUGCUACUACCAAUUUGAUUAAUGCUGCAAAGGCUUGUUCAUCCAAUCCAGAUAGCGUGCAACUUCAAACAGAAUUACGUGAUGCUGCGGAUGAAUUAUAUACUCUUGCUUAUUCAGCUGGUGGUGAACAAUUCCAAACACGUUUAAUACAUAAUUUACAAUCUGCUGCACGUGCUACAGUAACUGGUGCUACACAAUUGGUUAAUAUUAGUCAAGCAGCUACAAAAUAUUCUCGUGGUAAUAGUUAUCAAUUGCAUAAUGAUACAAGGAAUGUGACUAAUCUUAUUCCGAAAACUGUCAUUACUAUUAGAGAAUCACGUGCUAAUCCAGGUGAUCCAAUGGCAUUGCUUGAAUUAAUUAGUGCAUGUGAACGUUUUGUACAACCAUGCACAGCAAUGGUACGAUCUAGUAAAUCAUUGGCUCCGACACUCUCAGAUCCAUCUAUUCAAGCUGCAUUAGAAAAUUCAAAUAGUCAAUUAGCUAGUGCUUUAGAAACAUUAAUUAAUUGUUUAAUAAAAGUUGCACCACUUGCCCGUCAUCUUCAAUUAGACGGCGCAUUAACACGAUUAGCUCGUUUAUCUGAUGAAGUGGCUGCAAUGGAGACUAGUUUAAUUCAAGGUACAUUAGCUCCGAUACCUGAACAAAAAGUUGAAGAUUGUUGUCAUAUAUUAAAUAUCAGUGUUCAUGAUGGCAUAGAAUCAGCGAAAAAAAUAGAUUACAUCAUAAAUUCCAUGGCUAAAAUGGAUGUAACUGUAUUAGAUCAACCGGAAUUAGCUGGUCAAUCAGCUGAUCAUUUAGCAUCAGCUAUGACGGAACUUGUACAUGCAACUCGAGGCAUAAUCACUGAUCAAAAUAAUCUUUUAAUGAAUGGUAACAUUAAUAACAAUGGUAAUACAUCAGCAAUGGAAUCAACACGUCGAGCUGUGAUUCAAGAUAUUCGACAAGCUGUCCAAUUAUCUUAUGAAUUAGUAAGAGCAUUAAAAGAUACACGAAUAGCAUGUGAUGCUAAACAACCAGCUAAUGCAGCCACUGUACAAAGUCAUAGUCAACAAUUAACAACACAAUUAAUUGAAACCUUGACACGUUGUUUACGUGGUCUACCUGGACAUAGAGAAAUUACUGAAGCUAUUCAUUUAAUUGAACAAAAGCGUUCUCAACUCAUUCAAUAUACACAACCGAAUCAAAUGAAUUUAAAACCACGUUUUGUUGAAUCCAAUGAAUAUCAACGUAAACAAACUGAUUUAACUCAAGCAGCUGUAGAAUUUAAUCAAGCUACCGGUGAUUUACUCUCUUCAUAUUCACCUGGAGCAUUUAAACGAACAACACGUCGUUUUACUGGAGCCUAUGAUUGUUUAACUGAUAAAGGCAUUGAAUUAUCUGUAUGCAGUGAAAUGUCAAAUAAUCAACAAUCUGAACCAGUUGUCAAUACUGAUCUAAUAAAUGGACUCAUUAAUGUUUCAGAUCAAAGUUAUGCUUUAAUGAAUGAGGCUAGUCGAGUUUGUGGUCAAAAUGAAACAGAAAAUUUAAGAGGGAAAUUCCAAUCAGCCGCUAGAGAUGUUACAGAAAGUAUAAGUCAUUUAUUGACAAUUUGUACUUCAGGUGUUAGUCCUGAUCAACGAGAAUGUGAAGCAGCAAUUCGACGCCUGGAUUCACUUCGUCCAUUAUUAUUAAAUCCAAAUAGGCCAUUAAAUCAGCAUAGUUAUUAUGAUUGUGUGGAUACUGUAGCUAAAAGUCUUGAGCCAUUGGCAGAAAGUUUAAGAUCCAUGUCUACAUCAGCUCGUGAUCAAAAUCCUAAUGAAUUUAGUUCUGCUGUACGUCAAUGCUCUGAUUCUGUUUGUCAAUUAGUUGAAGAAACUGCUCAGACUGCCUAUUUGAUUGGAUUAGCUGAUGGAUAUGAUAAUCGUAGAGUAAGUGGAGCUACUAGUAUCAGUAGUGGCAUUAGUAGUAGUCCACUUGGUGCAAGUUCAUUGAUAGAUUUAGAUUUAUUUAUACAAAGUCAAAAAGAAAUACAAUCUGCUUGUGAUGCAAUAUGUGAACCGAAUGUGAAUAAUCGUCAAGUUAUUUCUUUAUCAACUGAAAUGGCACGUAGUGCUAAAACUCUCUGUGAAGCAUGUAGUCAAUUGGCUAGUCAAACACCUGAUAUAGAUACUCGACAACAUUUAAAUAAUUUAACAAAACAAACUAUGCAAUCAAUUACAUCACUUAUUCAACAUCGUGGCAGUACUGUGUCUACAGAUGUAAACAGUGAAUGGUCUGAAUCGAAUCGUCAACAAACAUUGAUCAAUGCUCAAGCUGUCAGUGCAAAUGUUGCAAAUUUAAUGAAAUUAAUUACAACUGAACCACGAUUAGUUGGUUUAACAACGUCACAAGAUCGAAUUAGAAAUAUAACUAAAGAAACUCAACGUCCAGUAUGUGUUGCUGGUCUAGAAAGUUUGAAUGCAACACAAACUGUGUUAAGAGCUGCUCAAAAUUUACUGACAGCUUCUAGAAUGGGACCAUCAGAAAAUGCUUUUAUGGCUUUUUCAUCAGCUAGUAAAGAUUUAUCUAAUAGUAUUAAAGUAUUAGCUAAUGCUAUGCGUGAAAAUGCACCUGGUCAACGUGAAUGUCAACAUGUGUUUAAUAAUAUUAAAAAAUUACUACAUGAAUUACAAGAUGCUCGUAUUGCUAGUAUGGAAAAUCGUUUACCGCCAAGACGUGAAUUAAAUGAAGAAGGUUUUCAACGACAACUGGCUACCAGUGUUCGUGCUUUAUUAGAUUCAGCACCAGCUGUAGGACGUGCAGCUUCUUCUGAAGCAGAACAACUUGGUCGUACUAUACUUACAUGGGAUUCUUAUCUUCCUGGUUUAGUUUCUGGUUCUAUAGCUGCUGCAUCACGUUCACCUUUAUCAAGUAUACAAUUAGUAUACUUAGAUCAUGCAUGCACUGUUUUAGAAGCUGCUAGUCAACUAAUUACUGUAGCUAAAGAUUCUGGUGGUAAUCCUAGAGCUGUACAUCUUCAUGAUAGUUUAAAUGAAUCUGUUCGUGGUUUAGUGGAUUCAUGUGAAGAAUUCUUAACUAUAUUAGAUGAUGUAGCUUCUCGUCAAGGUCAUGUGAGCACUCUUAUUGACACGUUGAAUCGUGCUCAAGCACAAGCGGAAGAAAUUAUUCAAGUACCUAUGGAUGCAAGAUUUUCUGAUUAUCAAACACGUAUGUUAAGAAUUGCUCGACAUAUGGAUCAAUUGAAUCAAGCAAUACAAUUACGUGCUAGACAACCUGCUUCCGAUGGUGAGAUUGCUCCAUUGGCGCAUAAUUUAACACAGGAAUAUCAAGAAUUGUGUCAAACAUGUAAAGGUGCAGCUGCAACUUUACCCAAUGUUAACCAAGCCGAUCAAUUGAGAUCAGCUGUACGUGGUGUUGGAACAGCGUGUAUCAGUUUGAUACAAGCUACAACUGCAAGUCGUUCAGAUAUUUAUGGAUCCGGAACAACAGGUGGUCAACAUUUACUUUUUAGUCGUAAUAAAAAUAUAGCUGAAUUAGAUCGACGAGCUGAAUUCUUGGAUUCAAAAUUGCGUAACUUGAUCAAUUUACUUGAAACUCAUGGUCCUGGUACACAAGCUUGUUUACAAUCGGCUAGCACUGUCAGUGGAAUUAUUUCAGAUUUAGAUACAACUAUUCUAUUUGCUAGUUCAGGCACAUUACAUCCACCUAUUCGUGAUGAUUUCGAUGCUAUAUGGACUGAUAAUGAAUAUCAUCAUUCACGAUUACCAACAACUGAUCGAAGUCAUUAUCUAGGAUUAUCAACUAAUAAUGUAGAUGGUACUAGUCUACCAAGUCGUGCUGAAAGUCGAUCAGAAAUGCACAAUGCAGAAAAUUUCACUCCUUUAAGAGAGAGUAUAGCUCGUACUGCACGUGCACUUGUCGAUGAUACUCAAUCGUUAGUUAGUGGAACUGGUGAAGAUCAAGCACGGUUAGCUAGUACAGCACAUACAGCUGUAGAACGUAUCACUGAACUUGCUGAUGUUGUUAAACGUGGUGCAGCAGUGAUUGGACCAGGUCAACCAGACACACAGGUGGAACUAUUAACAUCAUGCCGAGAUGUUGCUACUGCCUUACGUAGUGUGUUUCUUUCAUCCGGUAAAGUACAAGGACGUCCAUCUAUAGAUCCAAUUUAUGAUGAAGUUCGAUCGAACGCUCAAGUUGUUAUUUCUAAUGUUGGUCUACUCCUUCAAACACUUAAGUCAAUAGAAGAUGAUGAACGACGAGGAAUUCGAUCUCUUGAACUAGCUGCUAAUUAUUGUCGUGAACAAGCCAAAACCCUUCCAUCGACUAAAGAUCCAGAAGGCAUACUUACACCAAAUAGUUCACGUAAAUCAGGUCCACAUAGUACUUCAGUUAUCAGUGGUUCUUCUAGUUUAAUUGCUCGUUAUUUAGCUCCAGAUGAUUUGGCCCGUGCUGCUAGUGGACCUGUUCAGUCAGCUGUUUCAAAAGCAAUCUUAGCAAACAAUACACAAACCCAACGUGAUGUCGUCCAGACAGCAUCAGCAACUCGAGAUGCAGUUACUGAUUUGGUUUCAGCAGCCAAGUGUUUAUUACGUUAUUCGGAUAUUCCAACGGAAACACGUUCAUCAUGUGCGAUAGUGACAAGGGAAUUGGUUGAGGAAUUCGCUGUUUUGUUGGAUGCCAUUAAAAAUGAAUUAUGUACACCUAAAAAGUCAACUACAGAAAAUGUUCCAAACAUAGCUCGUCGUAUUGCUGAUAUAUCACAUAGUUUAAUUAAUUUAGUUGAUAAUCUUAGAGAGGGACCACGAUUGAUUAUGUAUUUCCGUGCAAGCAGUCCUGAAUGGCGUGAUGUUGCUGAAAAGUACAUUGGACGUCAUGUAGCCUAUCAUCAUCAUUAUGUGCCUAAUUAUGUAUUAGGUGGUAAUUCUGUAUCAUCACACAAAAGUAUUCUUAUUCGUCCCACGUGUUAUCCACUUCAAAUAUCAACUGAUCAAAUCACUGAACCAACAACUAUGAGUGAUGAAGCAGAAUGUCGAAUCUUGGAUGCUAUUAAUCAACUUAAUUCAUCAUUGGAAAAAUGUCCAGCGGACAACAAAUUAGCUCAAUCUCUUCUUGUUACGGCUCGAUCAGUAGCUACAUCUGUUCAAAAUCUUAUCAGAACCGCAAGGACUGUUGUCUCUGUACCACCACCAAACGAUGCUGUGGACAGAGCUCGAACGGCAGAAGGUGCUUCACAAAAAAGUACUAGCUCAGCUGCUCUUUGGCGUACUGAACUCAAUGUAUCCCUUGCCACUCAAAAUUUGUGUCAAUUGUCGAAACUGUGUUCUGAAACAGUACCAUUCUCAACCUCGAAAAAAUCGGAGAAUAGCGUUGGGGAGUUAUCAGGAGGGUUAAUUUUAUCACGCGAAAGACUUCUGGCUGCUGUGCGUCAAGUGGCAACUGCAGGAGCUCAACUGCUCUUAGCAGCUAAAUUAAGGAAAGAAGCUUUAAUGUCUGCUGAUAUUCGAAAGUUGAAGACUGCAGGACAAGCUGUUAAGGAGUCUACAGACCUUCUUGCUGAAACUGUUCAACGAAGUGAUAUGGUUUCAAAUAGUUCAACUACACCGCAAACAGAAAUUACUUGGCCAACUUACACAAAUCAAUCUUUGUUACAGAGCAUCCAUACAAAAGCACGAAUUCAAUCUCAACAAAUGGAAUUAGAAGCACUUGAAUCUCAUCUUGCUCGCCUACAACAACCACAAUCUACAUAG